AAAAUCACAUCGGUUUCUCAUGUUUCAAUGUUUUUUGUUCUUAACAGUAAAAUAAGUUUCUGCAGACAAUCUGUAGAAAGUCUGACACUGUUUUAUGAAAGUAUUGCCAGCUGAAGAAAGUCUUGUGAAACUAAAGAAACAAGCUUGUAGCUCUAACAGCAUAUUGAAAAGCUUUAAAUAUGUUGUACCAUAUAUUUUUGUACAAUGAGUUUAAAAAUCUCAAACGGAAAAAAAAGUAUUAUUUUGGUGACUUACAGCAACAACAAAAACAACAAAAUGAAGUGUACAAAACUUAUAUUAUCAAUUGUUUUUUUCAAUCGCCUUUUUGUUGCAUGGUUAUUUGAACUCAACGAAAGUAGCAAGAAUAAGUAUCAGUUCACACAUAUUAUCUCAAUGUCACACAAUGAUCUUACUGCUAAUAAAACAGACCUACAAAAUUUGUAUGAUAAAGUUGAAGGACUUUUAACGAAUAUGAUAAACAUAAAACAGGAAACAAGCAACGAGAAACGAAAUAAAAGAUCAUCUCAACCUAAUCAAGACAUUUCAAAGCAAAUGUGUGUUAAUACGAAAAACAUCAUAACAAAUGAAGUCGGUACUUACGAGGUUGUAAUGAAGUUGAAUUCAAACAAGGUUGACUAUUUUAAAUCCGCAGAGUCUGUUAUGUCAAUAAAUUGCAAAUCAAAUAGUGCAGUAACAUGUGAAACAACAUAUGAAACAAGAAAAUACGCAAAGUUGAAUAUAACCGGAGAAAUAAUCAACCUUAUAGGAAACGUUAAACAACUCAAAGUUGGGGUUUGCUGUAAAUGCCUAAAGUGAUUUAAACAUAUUUAUUGCAUCAAUUUUAAUUUUUAAUAAAUAUUUAUGAAACGCUAUAUAUGCUUUGUACAUUUUUAUAUAUUUUUAAACAAUACUUUUAGAUUGUUAUAACAAAGCUAUAUUAUUUGAA